GAUUGCAAAGUGCUUCUAGCCUUCAAAAAGAUCCAGAUAUCAUGUCUAACUUCUACGAUAAGAUUUCCCAUGGCCUCGUGUCCGAGCUCUGGCCAUGGUGGCAGGCUGGACUCGCCGGUAUCAGACUCUCGCCGUUCACUCUCCUCGCCGCCACAAUAGUAGCCGUUUCUUGGUAUUUAUGGCUGACGAAGAAAUCAACCAGAGGCAUGCCACCGUUGCCACCCGGUCCACCAGGCUUGCCUCUUCUAGGAAACCUUCCGUUUCUUCAACCUGAUCUCCAUCGCUACUUAGCCAAAUUGUCUCAAACUUACGGUCCAAUCAUAAAGCUUCAAUUUGGUAGUAAGAUUUGCAUUGUCAUAAGCUCCCCAUCCCUCACCAAAAUCAUACUAAAAGACCAUGAUACGAUCUUUUCUAACCGUGAUGUCCCCGCAUCAGUAAUAGAGAUAUCAUAUGGCGGAAUUGAUGUUGCCUGGAGCCCCAACAGUCCCCAUUGGCGGAAGAUGAGAAGGAUUUUCGUUCAUAAUUUGAUGAGCCCCUCGAGCCUCGACGCCUGCUAUGAACUUCGUAGACGAGAAGUGCGAGAAAUGGUGAAAGACAUCCAUGAAAAGGUGGGGUUGAGUAUUGACGUUGGGGAGCAGACGUUCCUCACGGUGCUGAGCUUGACAACGAGCAUGUUAUGGGGCAGUGCAUUGCACGGGGAGGAAAGGAGGAGAGUUGGGGUUGAGAUUAAGGAGGCGGUGGCGGAGAUUUUUGAAUUAGUUGGAGAACUUAACAUUUCCGAUCUUUUUCCUGCCCUUGCUCGAUUCGAUCUUCAAGGAAUCCAAAAGAAAAUGAGGAAAAUUCGGUUGUGGUUUGAUGGGAUUUUUGAAUCACUGGUAGAAAAUGGAUUGAAGAUUGAAGAGAGCAGGGAAGAAACAAAGGAUUUCUUGCAAUUGUUGUUGGAGAUGCAGCAGCAAGGAGAUGAAAAAACCUCAUUAUCCUUGGACCAAAUCAAGGCACUGUUAAUGGAUACAAUUCUUGCUGCUCCGCGUACAACAUCUGCAGCAGUGGAAUGGGCAAUGGCAGAGAUGCUGCGGCACCCAGAGAAAAUGAGAAGAGUUCGUGAAGAAAUUGAGGAAGUGGUCGGCAAGCACAGCAUUGUGGAGGAAUCCCAUUUGCCCAAACUGCUAUAUUUGGAUGCAGUCCUGAAAGAGAGUCUCCGGCUGCACCCCCCAGCUCCGCUCAUGGUGCCACGCAGCCCAGAUAGGACAUGUACCGUGGCAGGAUACACAAUCCCUCAGGGCUCAAAAAUUCUAUUUAACACAUGGGCAAUUCAGAGGGACCCUGAAGUUUGGGAAAAUCCCCUGGAGUUUGAACCUGAGAGGUUCUUGAAUGACCCUGGAAAAGGUGAUUACCAUGGAAACAACUUCAGUCUUCUUCCGUUUGGGGCCGGAAGGCGAAUAUGUGCCGGAAUUCCUCUUGCGGAGAAAAUGAUGAGGUAUGUAGUGGCCACAUUGGUGCAUUCUUUUGAAUGGGAAUUGCCAGAGGGGGUGGACCAUGAUCUCUCUGAUAAACUCGGAUUCGUUUCGAAAAAAUCGAUUCCUCUUGUUGCCAUACCCACAGUAAGAUUGCCCACUGCGAUUCAAUAUCUUUAGAACUUUAUCAUCUCUUCUACUUGCCCCAUAAUUUGACUCUAGGGAUGAGGAGUUAAGGAUAUGUGAGCAGUAAAUGCUGCCUAGAAAUAAUCUUAUGUUUCCAGUUAUGGUAUGGAAGAAUGACAUCUAUUUAUCAUGAAGGCAAAUAUCAUUAAGUUCUGUUACAAAUUAGUAGGCUUUCAUUUAAAGUUUAUUGUUAAACAAUUCUAAUUUCUUUGGUAUAAAGUUCUCUUACUAUU